UCCUUGAGAGAACGGUCGCACCACUACUUAUCUUCCAUAGGUGUUUUUUUUACUUUCAUUUUAUUUUUUCGAGACACAAUUGUAGAUGAAAAAUGAGGUUUCGAGUCAAACAGCCAUUGCCACUGUCUUACCUCCGACCACCUCAAUCUUCUUCGUCGCUCAACUCAGUCCCGAUACAGUCAUCAUUUGGGAUAGCAUUUGAUAUAGAUGGGGUCAUAUUACGAGGCCAAACACCAAUUGGAAAUUCCCAUAAAGCACUAAAGAGACUGUAUGAUGAUUCCGGUGCUUUGAAGUUCCCUUUUCUGUUUUUGACAAAUGGUGGAGGUUUCCCAGAGUCUAAAAGAGCCUAUGACUUGAGCAACCUUCUAGGUGUGAAGAUUUUGCCUUCUCAGGUAGUGCAGGGCCACUCACCUUUUAGAACUUUUCUGAGCAGAUUCGAGAAUGAACUCAUCAUUGCUACUGGAAAAGGUGACCCUGCUGAAGUGAUGUCGGAGUAUGGCUUCAAAAGAGUUCUCUCCCUAGAUGAGUAUGCAUCAUACUUCGAUCACAUUGAUCCUGUAGCUCAUUAUAAAGGGUGGGCCAGUAUUAAGGAUUCCGAUUGGCCAAAAAAUUCCCCAAAGUCGGUCUCAAGCCCUGAUGUUAUCACUAACAAAGUUAAAGCAGCAUUUGUUGUUAGUGAUCCUGUUGACUGGGGGAGGGAUAUUCAGGUGCUUUGUGACAUUUUAACAUCUGGAAAUCUUCCUGGAGAGAACUAUGGGCGUCAGCCACCUUUAUAUUUUGCUGCUGAUGAUCUGCAAUAUCAGGCUGCAUUUCCUUCAGAACGUCUUGGUAUGGGUGCAUUUAGAAUAGCCCUUGAAAGUAUCUUCAACAGAAUUCACAAUAAACCUUUGCAGUAUACGUGUUUAGGGAAGCCAAAUCCCUUUGUUUACAAAAACGCUGAAACCAUAUUAAGAGAAAUCCAGAAAUCCUCUUGUCAUUGCAAUGCCAUUGUGGAAAAUGCAGAACAAGGGUCACAUUCUUUCAAGACCCUAUAUAUGAUAGGUGAUAAUCCUUUAGUUGAUGUUAAAGGAGCGCAUCAGGCAAGGAGUCCUUAGUUUUCUAUUUUGACCAGGACAGGCGUUUUUAGGCAAAAAGAGAACCAUGCAGAAUAUCCAGCUCAUCUGGUUGUUGAUACUGUGGAAGAGGCUGUGGAAUUUAUACUGAAAAGGGAAGUUGCUUCCUAGUUGAAAUAGCAGUCGUCAAUUUUUAGUGAAGCGGUGAAAAUACGACAAAACAUCCAUUGUUCCUUGGUUAAGAUGUAUAAUUGUUUCAUCUGUUAUAUUCAUUCAUCUGAUGCUCAACAAUCAUUCAUUCAUCAAGGUCUACUAUAAUGACUUAAUGACAUUUUUUGGCAAGGUGAAUUAGACAUUGCUCUACGAUACUAAGAGAGGAAAAAGGUAAAAACUUAUAUAUUGUACCGAUAUGUCUUAUCAAGCUAAACAUGUCUUAAGAACAUGUUUGGUAAGUUAGAUUGUAACUUGUGGUGAAAAACACGUCCUUGAAAAUGGAAGAAUUAAACACAGACAACAUUGGGUACA